AUGUCUGGCUUCAAUAUUGCUACCCCUUCAAUGACAACUCCUGCUACUAUGCAGACACCCUCUAUGCAGACACCAUCUAUCCCUACACCUCAUCACAAUUCAACUCCAUUCGCAUUACCAACAACACCUGCGCCAUUGGAUGCUGCCACACCCAGCAGAGAUGCCAACCCUUAUUCAGUAGCUGGUAUCACACCCACAUUACAAAACAUUGUUGCCACUGUCAACUUGGAUUGUCGUUUGGAUCUCAAGACCAUUGCACUUCAUGCUCGUAAUGCUGAAUACAAUCCAAAGCGUUUCGCAGCUGUUAUUAUGCGUAUUCGUGAUCCCAAAACUACUGCUUUGAUCUUUGCUUCUGGUAAGAUGGUCGUUACUGGUGCCAAAUCUGAAGAUGAUUCAAAAUUGGCUGCUCGUAAAUACGCUCGUAUCAUCCAGAAGUUGGGAUUCCAAGCAAAGUUUACUGAUUUCAAAAUUCAAAAUAUUGUUGGUUCGUGUGAUGUUAAAUUUCCCAUUCGUUUGGAAGGUUUAGCAUACUCUCAUGGCCACUUUAGUUCUUACGAACCUGAAUUGUUCCCUGGUCUCAUCUAUCGUAUGGUCAAGCCCAAGAUUGUUUUAUUGAUCUUUGUAUCUGGUAAAAUUGUCUUGACUGGCGCCAAAGUACGUGAAGAGAUCUACCAGGCUUUCCAAGCUAUAUAUCCUGUACUUACCGAGUUCAGAAAGCCAUAA